AUGCUCAACUCCUCUUCCUCCUGGAGCUCGAGCUCCUUGCACCUGCUGCUUUGUGAAGAAGACUCCCUCAGCUCCAGGAUCUCUUUGUCUCUUCUGUAUGUCCUGUUGGCUAUCUCUGGCACUUUAUCCAACAUCACAGUCAUUUAUCUGGUCUUUACCUUCAGGAAGCUGCGCACCACCAGCAAUGCUUUCAUUGUGAAUGGCUGCAUUGCCGAUCUAUGCGUGUGUGGACUUUGGAUGCCACAAGAAGCAGUGCAAGGGUUGCUACCCCCAGGCUCUGCCACGGUUCACUCAGAAGGGUACCACUUGCUCCGGGUUGGGCUUGUAGGCCUGGGGCUCAUUGUCUCACUGCUUUCUCACCUCAUGGUGGCCCUCAACCGAUACGUCCUCAUCACCAAGCCUCCAAUUACAUACCAGGCUGUUUACCAGCAGAAGCACACUGCCUGGAUGAUUGGCCUGUCAUGGGGGGGUGCCCUGCUCCUUGCCUUGAUUCCAUUCGGACUGCAAACGUGGCAUGACCAGCCGGGGUCCAGAAGCACAACUAGCAGAAGCGCCUCCAGUUACACAGGCCUGAUGGUUGCCCUAGCUCUGCUCAGCCAGACAGUUGUGCUGCUGCACUGCUACAUGGGGAUUGUAAGGAGGGUGCGUGGCAGCGUCAAACGGGUCAGUGUCCUCAACUUCCAUCUGCUUCAGCAGCUUCCUUUCCCGGCUGCAUCACAAGUGCCACGCCGGACACAGCGGCGCUUGAGCAGCAUCUCUGUGUUGCUCCUCUGCCUUGUGUUUCUCCUGGCUACCCAGCCCCUGGUGUGGAUCAGCCUGCUAGGCUUCUUCUUCCAGCCCAUUCCUCGGGGGGUUCAGCUAGCCAGCUGGCUACUCUUUUGCUCUCUGUCUGCCUUCAAUCCACUGCUGUAUACGUGGAAGAAUGAGGAGUUCCGACGCUGCAUGCGUUUAGUUCUACCAGGAGGGGAAACGGCAGUGGUGGCAGCGGAUACUCUGCCCCUCCCCACAGUCUCUCUCCCACCUCAGGAGCCAUCUCAGCAGGGUACAAAGAUGGAGAGCAUGGGCAGCUUGGUACUUCAGUGA